AUGAUGAACACGAUAUUUACUCCACCAAUGUACAUACAACGAUACGAAUUUGUCAUCGACUUCGUCAAAAAGAACAAACCCAAAAAGGUACAAAACUACUUUGCGUGGUUGUUCAGUUGUGGCUGCUAUCUAAACAACCCACAUGUAACGUUAGCUAGCUAGCUAAUCGCAGAACUACACGAUUUAGAUGCAGGACCGUCUUAUCAUAUGUUAAGUCUGUCCCCCUAAUUGAAAAUAAAUGGGGAAAAUUAUUUAUCAACUUAUCUGUAAUAGGCCCAUUACAACUUACAACUGUCUUUUCCGUGUGCUUGUCCAUUCUCUUCUUCAGGUGGUAGACUUGGGAUGCAAUGACUGCACUCUCCUGAGGAAGCUGAAGUUUCACCGAGAAAUUGAACUGCUUGCUGGACUGGACAUUGACAGUGCAGUUAUCAGGGAUAAAAUGUGUGUCUGAAAAGUUUUUUAUUAAGUUACUUCAACGAAUAAAAUAUAUUGUCCAUUGAUUUGUGAGAUCCUAUUCAAUGACCUAGGCAUACCAGUAUGAGACUGUCUUAAUUUAUCACAACCUAAAAACUAAGGACCUUUACAAUUAAAUCCUGAGCAGGUAUGAACUGGCGCCGAUUCCAACUGACUACCUGCAGCCAGGUGAUCAUCCCCUGACCAUUGAGCUGUACCAGGGGUCAGUCACAGAGAGGGAUCCCCGCACCAAAGGAUUUGAUCUGGUGACGAGUAUUGAGCUGUAAGUGACUGGAAGUCUGGGUGACUAUGGGAGUGAUUAGCCCUUAGACAAUGAUUUACUACUUUUUCAGAUACUGCAUUGUAUGAGCACCGACAUACCGGUACAUCAUGUGCCCUUGUGGUAUUUUAAGUUAACCACAAAUGUGCUCUCUCUCUACAGCAUUGAGCACCUGCAACUUGAGGAAGUGGAUAGGUUCACUGAGGUUGUGUUUGGCUACAUGGCCCCAGUAGCAGCGAUCAUUAGCACCCCAAACGCUGACUUCAACCCCCUGCUCCCCGGGCUGACAGGGUUUAGACACUAUGACCACAAGUUUGAGUGGACUAAAGCUGAGUUUCAGACCUGGUAUGUGUACAUUACCAUGGAGUCAGUAUGCCUGUAUUAGAAUCAUCAAUCUAAAAGGUAUACAUUUCUUUCUUUCUUAUUUGUACUUUAAAAGUUUGCACUCACCCUCUCUCGGUCUUCUCCCUCCAUCCCUCCCAGGGCUAUGAAGGUGUGCAGAGAGUUUGGUUAUGUGGUGGCGUUUACAGGUGUUGGACAGAUACCAGCCCAGGAGGAGAGCAUCGGGUUUUGCUCUCAAAUCGGAGUGUUUCAGAGAGACAGGUCAGGAGGUGACGCAACACGUCUACAAAGUAAUGUCACAGAGGAGCAUCUCCCUUACAGACUGGUGAGGAGAGGCACAGAUGUUGAGUCUACUCGUUGUUUAAUCCUGUCUCAUUACCUGUGCGAUCAGAGGUUCAGUGUCACUUAUUUUUUGCAUGCGUUUCAGAAAGUGGUCAAUGAGAAUAAAAUAGGCCCCUCUGUCCUAACCUAUUCCUCACUUGGUCUUUCCCUUAACAUUCCUAUUUUCUCUCCAUACUCCAGCUAUACAACGUGGUCUACCCAAGCCUGUGUGACAGCAAUAUCUUCCAGAGGACCCUGGUGAAUGAGGUCCUGUACUGGGCUGAGACCCUGAGGAGACAGUGGCUGGAGGAGACAACUGGAGAGGGGGAGGAAGAAUCUAAACAGACAGAUGAAGAAGAAGAGGAUUGUUCGAGAGAAAGAAUGGAAAGAGAGGAGAGUCAGACAGGUGAAGAACAGGAGGACAGGGAGCGAGUGGAGGCGGAUGGUAGAGGGUUUGAGGUAGAGAAUGAGGAGGUAGAGGUACAGGGUAGAACAGACAGGGGACAGGAGGAGCCCUACAGAGAAGGGCAGUCUGUGUGUGUGUCCCUGGUCAGGUUGUGGUCCUGCCCCAGAGUGCAGGCUUUGAGUGGGACAGUCCAGCGUCUCACAGAGGUACUACUGGAGGACUCUAGAGUACAGCUAACCAACGAUGGCACUGCCGUGGUGUUGGCGGACAGCGAUGAUGAAGAUUUGGAGUGGGUUGAGACCUGUGAUAACACAGGGACGGGUCAGUUCUUGGUCAGUAGUGUGGAGAACGAGGACUGGGAGACAGAGCUUGGGUGA